AUGAACGCCGCCUCGGAGGGUGACAAGGCCCUCGCCGCAUCCAACGCGCCUCUUGCCAUCCAACACUAUACCCGUGCCUUGGUCGAGCUACCCCGCGCCCCGGCCUACUACAUUCAGCGCGCAAUGGCCCAUUCCCGAGUAAAGCCAGCAGACGGCGGGCCAAACCCUAGCGCUGCACUCCGAGAUGCCGAGAUUGCACUCUCACUGGCCCGCGAGCGCGGUAAGCGCGAGCUCAUACUGUCAGCGCAGAUGCGCCGCGGAGUGGCUCUGUUCCAGCUCGAACGCUACGGAGAUGCUAAGUUCCUCUUCGAGCUUAUUGAAUCGAAGACCGCUAGCGACAAGGGAUCACAAAACAAAUCGGAAGGAGUGAAAGCUGCCAUGUCUGAGGCUGGAUCUACGAACAAGAAGAAUGGAUAUGGAGCCGAACUGCCCAUCUGGAUGGCCAAGGUUCGCCGGAAGCUAGGCGAGCUGGCUGAGGGAAAUGAGAAGGGUCUGGUUUCUGUGACUGAAUAUCCUGCCGAUACUCGUAUCCCGACCGAGAAGGAGCUGAAAGCUGAAUGGGAGAAUCUCAAGUCGGGCAAGGCGGGCGGUGCAGGAGACAAAACAGUGCAAGAGACGGACCAGCAGGCUUCAUCGAGAUCAAAUGUGCCCCUUGAACAAGAUAACGCUGAAACUGGGGCAGUACCAGUGGCCGCAGCCACCCCAGCUGCUCCGCAAAAGGUCCGCCAUGAGUGGUACCAGUCUCAUGACUCUGUUGUGGUGACCCUUUACGUCAAGGGGAUUUCCAAGGACGACGUUGACGUUGACUUGAAGGAUGAUUCGGUGUCACUGCAAUUCCCUCUUCCCUCCGGCUCCGGCUAUGACUUCACCCUCGAUCCCCUCUACGCUACUAUCGACCCACUCACAUCCAAAGUGUCUGUCAUGGGCACCAAAAUCGAACUGGUUCUGCAGAAAAAGACGCCGGGUCAAAAGUGGAGCGCCCUUGAAGGGUCAGGAUCUAACACUACAAAACUUUCCGAUCGUCCUGCUGCACCGCCAGCGCCAGCCAGCUCUGGGCCGGCAUACCCGACCUCUUCACGGCAUGGCGCGAAGGACUGGGACAGAGUUGCAUCGUCGCUGACUGCUAAGAAACCCAAAGACAAGAAGAGUGGAAACCAGGAGGACGGCAGCGAAGACGUCUCUGAUGCGGAAUCCGUGGACUCAGAGUAUGGCGGUGAUGCCGUGGAUGGGUUUUUCAAAAAGCUGUAUGCGGGCGCUGACCCCGAUACGCGCCGAGCUAUGAUGAAGAGCUACGUUGAAAGUCAGGGCACCUCUCUGAGCACGAACUGGUCGGAGGUUGGGAACAAGAAGAUGGAGCCACACCCUCCAAGCUGA